AUGGCAGCAACCGCCCAGAUGCAACGCCCAUAUCCUCCUAUUUACCAUACCCCACAGUCCAAUUCUCCAGCCUCCGUCCCCUCUCCCCAAAGUCACGAUCCCCAUGGCAGAACCUUAUACGGGCAACCUCCUCAAAUGGCCCAAGGGAUGUAUGGGUACCCGCAGUUUCCUCCCAUGAACCCAAUCCAUUCAGGCCCUUAUGGGCCUCAUCCUGCUCAUCCACAUGCGCAGCUCACAUCUCAGCCUCAGCCUCUUCUUGCUGGGCACCAAGGCUCGCCUGGACAAUUGCAACAUCAACACCAGCAAACACAGCAGCACCCAGUCGCAAUCACGAGCAGUCCACGCAUGAAGUAUGACCCAACCCCGCAGCAACCAACUCCUCCACAAAGAACACCAUUAAAUUCAUCGCACCUACCACCCCCAGUUUCAGGCGGUACUGUUCAUUCAGGCCCGGGAGGAAGUAACACGAGUGCUGCCCCCGGCCCAAUUCCUGCAACCACUCCACUUGUUGUUAGGCAGGACCAGAAUGGAGUUCAGUGGAUUGCGUUUGAAUAUUCGCGCGAUCGCGUGAAAAUGGAAUACACAAUUCGGUGUGAUGUUGAAAACAUCAACAUUGAAAACUUGAGCCAGGAGUUCAAGACAGAGAAUUGCGUGUAUCCGCGCGCAUGUUGCUCGAAGGAUCAGUACAGAGGGAACCGUCUGGUCUAUGAAACCGAAUGCAAUGCUGUAGGGUGGGCGUUGGCGGAGCUCAAUUCCUGUCUGCGUGGCAAGCGAGGACUUAUUCAGAGGGCUGUCGACAGUUGGCGGAAUAGCAACCAGGACCCACGACUGCGCAGCCGGAGAGUGAGGAGGAUGGCGAAGAUAAAUAACAGGAAAUCUGUUUCUUCACAACAUCCAAAUCACUUGGCGGGGCCACCUUCAGCAGUAGGGGUUCCUGGUAGUGCGGGACUGGCUCCCACCGGAAGUUUAGGUAUAGGUGGCCCACAGCUUCAUCAUCAUCAUGCGCACCCGUCGGAAUCUGGGGCAUCUCAGAGCGGAGAGGAUGUUAGCGGCAAGCCUGAAUACUCGAGCAGUACUCACCGCCCAUCACCUCCCCAAAACGCCUAUGCCACCUCUGCGCCAUUCACAGCGGAUAAUCGCCCAGCUCAAAUAUUCCACGGCUAUCCAAAAUAUCCAAGCCAGGCCUCGUCCAACAACCCAACAGGACCUUCCAUGCCGCCUCCCCUGCGUGAGACAGGUCUCGAUCACCUAGGUCGCCAUUCCAUCGUCGCCACCUCCCACUCACGCGGAGAAAGCGACGAACGCAAUCCCGACAAUGCAGCUCUUUUCGGUGAUCUUCCGGAGGGAAGUCGUCGGAAAUUCAUCCUCGUCGAGGAUCCGCAACGUGGUUGUAGAGUUCGUGUAAAAGUCAUGCUAGACCAGGUGGACAUGAAGGAGAUCCCGGACUCGUAUCGAAAAUCCAACUCCGUAUUCCCGCGAACUUAUUUCCCGGUCCAAAGCCCUUUUGGACGUGGCAACCGUGGUGGAAGAUUCAUCGAUGAUGUUGGUGGGUAUCAUGGAGAGAGCGAUGACGAUGUGGAGGCGACGGUUGGUCGAACGCUAGUCCCCGUGCCGAUGCCGGAUGGAGAGGCGAACUUGGCAGUUCCUAAGAUUGCGAGGAGAAAACGUGAUAAGGAAGUUAUGCUGAACGAUCUGGGAUACCGUAUGAGCUGGGGACAGAGCAGAGUCUUCGCAGGGAGGACUCUAUUCCUGCAGAGAUCUUUGGACGCAUACCGCAAUAAAAUGCGCAGCACGAUGACCACCACAGGCCAAGAACUCACCUCUGUCGCACCGCACUUCGAGACCCGCGUUGGAAAACGCAAGUGGCUGGAACGCAACAGGAGGUCUCGAGCUGCUAGAGCCACCAGUGGGGGAUUCAGUGGACCCAGCACACCAGCUGUCGCUACGUUAUCUUCCACAAGAAAUGCGGAGGAGGUGGUGGGUUAG